CAAAGGAAAAUAAAUGAAAAAGACAGACUCCGAGAGAGAAAAGCCAAAGGUUUCUUCGUCGAGAUGGUAAAGCUAUAAUAUGGAACCUUCUCCAUUAUUAUUUGCUUACCUUACUCUCUCCCAGUAGAUUUUAGAGGUAGAGAAAGAGACAAAGUUCAUUUCUUUUGUUCUCUCUUGCUUCAUCUUUAAACCAACCGUGUUCUAUAAUCUCCGGCGAUGAUGACGACGGCCGAGGGUGAGUACUCGAAGGCCAAAACAUCGGUUUGGUGGGACAUAGAGAACUGCGAGGUGCCUAAAGGAUGGGACGCGCACGCGAUUGCUCAGAACGUGAGUUCUGCUUUGUUGAAUAUGAACUACGGUGGUCCUGUCUCAAUCUCCGCGUACGGCGACACCAAUCUGAUCCCUCACGCUGUUCAGCAAGCGCUUUCUUCUACUGGUGUUGGUCUUAAUCACGUCCCUGCAGGAGUGAAAGAUGCGAGUGACAAGAAGAUACUAGUGGAUAUGUUGCUGUGGGCUGUAGACAACCCUGCACCAGCCAACUUCAUGCUCAUCUCAGGAGAUAGGGACUUCUCCAAUGCUCUUCACCAGCUAAGUAUGAGGAGGUACACUAUUCUCCUGGCUCAGCCUCCACGUGCAUCCGCUCCGCUUGUUGCAGCAGCUAAAAAUGUAUGGCUCUGGACAAGCCUAGCGUCUGGUGGUCCUCCUCUUACAAGUGUUGAAUCCUCUCGACUUGUUAACAACGGGCGCGGUCUUGUCUCUAAUCCUGAAGCGGCGAAAGAUCAAGUUUCUGAACAGGCUCAGACCAGCAAACCAACAACUCUCUCAACGUCUGUCGCUGGAGAUACCAAGGAUCACAAAACCAGAGAAAACCAUGUUCCGAGAGCAGUACCUCAGGAUGAAUGCAAAGGAGCUACAGGUGAAUCUGUUACUUCUUCUGAUAGUCUCAAAAAUGUUGCUCCGCAACAAUCAGAUAAAAGACGUACAUCUCAGGCCGCGUCUGUACCCAGUCAAAAAACUCAGGCCAGCGUUAAAGCCGAACCAGUACAAGAAGCAAAGCUCUCGGAACCUGUAUUUUGCAGUAUUUGCCAGAUCAGCUGCGCCACUAAGGAUGCAUAUACAAAUCAUACCUAUGGUAAAAGACACCGGAGCAACUGGGAGCUCUAUAAGGAGGUUCUGGAGAAACAAAAUGUUUACUAUCAUUGUCGUUUGUGCGAUGUGACAUGUCAGAGACAAGUGGUCUUUGAUUCUCAUCUCAGGGGUCAGAAGCAUGCUGCCAUGCUGAGUCAAUCAGAGGCACUCAAUGAUUCCAAGAAGCAUCAGGAAAAAGGUGUCAGAGAAAAGGAUCAACCAAGAGAAGCAGUCGCAAAGCCUAAAUCAUAUACUGACUAUGUUUGUGGUUGGUGCAAUGUGGUGUGCAAGAGUCAAUCUGUCUUUGAUUCUCAUCUAAGCGGCAAGAAGCACGCUUCCAUGCUUAGCCAGUCAAAGGCACUCAUAGAUUCUAAGAAGCUUCAAGAUAAAGGUGUCGGAGAAAUGGAUCAACCAAGAGAAGCAAUUACAGAGCCUCAGCUGCAGUCUCAACGUGCUCAAGACAAUAGCAAGUGCUUAGAGAAGCAUGUUGCCGUGAAUCAAUCUCAGGCACUCAUUGAUGCUAGGAAGCUUGAAGAGAAAGUUGUCCAAGAAAAGGUUCAAUCAAUAGAAACAAUUCUAGAACCUCAGUCGCAGUCUCAAAACCCUCAAGAGAACACCAAGUUCCUUGAGAAGCCAAACGUAGAGGUCAGAGAGAUAUGUGGCACCACAAAAAGCAAUAUAAAAGAAAAUAAUUCAAGUACCAAAGACUGGGUUGAGACUUCUUUCUUCGGUGACCUUUCAUGUGAUUCUAAAGCACCAGAAGAAGCAAGAGAAUGUUUUGAUGGCACUGUCAAGCCUGUAAACUUGUCUGGAGGAGCAACUGAGAAGGAAAAGGAGGUGAUGGUACCCCAAGCAAUAGCAGCUAGCAAUAAAAGUUAUGGAAGCCAGGGUUUGUCAACAGUGGUUACUAACAAAAACCAUACUACGCCUGGUUUUGUAGCCAGUGAUGGUGCUAAGUCCAGCGUUUCAACCAAUCAUAUUACGAAGGAACCAAAUGAUUGUCCUGUCUUCUGCCAUGUCUGCCAGAUCAGCUGCGACAGCAAGGUUGCAUUUGAAAAUCACAUCUAUGGGAAAAUACACCAACAGAAGAAUGAAGAGAGAUUGAAGAAGAUAUUGAACAAUAACCAUGCCGCCAUGGUCAAGGAGCAAACAGAGCAGGCACACGUUGAUUCAAGGAGAACACGACAAGAAGUUUACCAAAAAGAAUUGGAACAUGCACAUCAAGAAAAUGAAACUACACUUGUGAAGACUAAGGAUCAUGGGUUCCAAGGUGCACAACAAGUCAAAGAGGAAGUAAAGGAGAUAAACCACAUAUCUGAGAGCGUCAGAAACGCCAUAUCGCAUGCCUGCCCUGAACUGAAUCAAGAGUCUUGUAUACCCAUAGAAUUGAGACUUGAGAGAGUACAACUUCCAGCAGACGGGAAUGUGACCAAGAAGUUUGAAGAUUGGUCCAAGCAUAAUCCCCUACCAACACCAUCGCUAUCCGUAAAAGACUGUUGGGACAGAGAGGCUGCCGAGAGGGAAGAUGCUAAGGUUCAACCUGAUAACUUUUGGACCAGACUUUGGGGGAAAAAGAGUUAAAAAAGCCUUGCUGAAUAAUUGUCUGAUUUAAAACUGUAGUUUAUGGUCAACUAUUAACUUAUAUCUAUGUUUAGUUGGUGUGUUCUAAUGAGACUGAGAGAAAACAACGUUAAGCAAUGAUUUGAAACAAAAAUUAAACAUAUCCAGUUGUAAUUUGUAAAGCUCUUCACUCCUUUCUCCUAAAGUCGAGUAGUUUUUAUAUACUUUUUCUUCUGUUUUCU